CAGAGUUCACAGCAGGCUCUCCUGAUUGGCCGAUGGAGGGCUGUGACGGACAGCAGGUGUUCCCAUAUAGAGCCUCGAUGAUCAUGGACCGUCUCCUCCUCCUGCUGUUCAGCAUCACUCCGUCUGCAGCUCAGGGCCCUCAGUCUGCUUCAACAUGAGUCCAAAAAAUGUUAUUUUCAAGAAAAUCUGCAAGGACAAGUCGGUCGGCGUCUACAUGGGGAAGAGAGACUUCGUCGACCGUGUUGACUCUGUGGAUCCAGUGGAUGGCGUCAUCCUCGUUGAUCCUGAAGCUCUGCAGGGCAGAAAAGUGUUCGUCACCUUGUCCUGCACCUUCCGCUACGGCAGAGACGACAUGGAUGUGAUGGGAAUCGCCUUCCGCAGAGAGCUUUACCUGUCCACCCGCCAGGUGUACCCACCGCUGCAGGACCGUGAGAAGGGAAUCCACACCAAGAUCCAGGCCAGGCUGCUGCGCAAGCUGGGACACAACGCCUACCCGUUCUUCUUCGAGUUUCCCGACAACCUGCCUUGCUCCGUGGCGCUCCAACCAGCACCCCAUGAUGUGGGCAAGCAAUGUGCCGUGGAGUUUGAGAUUAAGGCGUUCAGCGCUGAGAGCCAGGACGCUAAAGUACGCAAACGGAGCACCGUGAAGCUGAUGCUCAGGAAGGUCCAGUAUGCUCCGGAGGGCGAAGGAACGGCGCCAUCUGUGGAAACCACCAGGGACUUUGUCAUGUCGGACAAACCGCUGCAUGUCAAGGCCAGUCUGGACAAAGAGAUCUACUACCACGGUGAAACCAUCAAAGUUCACGUCAACGUCACCAACAACUCCAGCAAAAACAUCAAGAACAUCAUCCUCUCUGUCGACCAGGUCGCCACCGUGGUGUUGUACUCCAACGACAGCUACGUCAAAUGUGUGGAUAUCGAGGAUUCUGGGGAUUCGGUGUCUCCUGGAGCUACGCUGCAGAAAGUCUACAAGCUGCUGCCUGUGUUGGCCAACAACCGGGAGAGGAGGGGCAUCGCUCUGGACGGCAAACUGAAGCACGAAGACACCAACCUGGCGUCAACGAGCAUCAUCAGAGAAGGCGUGCUGAAGGAGGUGAUGGGAAUCAUGGUUUCAUACAGGGUCAUGGUGAAGCUCAUCGUUGGAGGGAUGAUGGGAUCAAGUGAAGUCGGCCUGGAAGUUCCCUUCAAACUGAUGCAUCCUAAACCUGAUGCAGUGAGGCGGAGGAGGAGAUGGUGUUCCAGGAGUUCAAGCGUUCCUACCUGAAGGGGAUGGUCGGCGACGAUGAGGAUGAGGAAGGAAACGUGUCGGGUGGAGACGACAUGGCGCCCAAAGAGAAAUAGAAGAGAGUCGGCCAGCGUGGCGACAGCUGGAAUGGAGAAUUCUGGGAGUUUGAGUCGCCUCAGAGUGUGUUAGGAAAAGCUGAGAGUUCAUCAAAGGACCAUGCAUGUCGUUGAGCAUGUUUUAGAAACGUUCAGGUGUGUUUCUGCAGACUAGUUUUUAAACUCUUUUAUAAGCUUCUGUUUGCCCUCAAGUCCUGAGAAGAAAAAUCAGGGUGUUGAACGGCUUCCUUCACCAGCUAGUCUCUCCAUAGUGGUACAUUUUCAUUUUAAACGUCCACCGCUUUAGCGCCUUAAAUGGAGAGUCUUGGAAACGUUGGCGUGUAACUCUAUGGUCUGUCACUACGUUCAUUCCCUGAUUCUCCUGUGAUGUGACCAUUUUCCAAAAGAGAACAAAGACGUCAGCCUCGACUAGCCUCAGCCUCAGUUCAACAUGGGAAAUGAAUUACAGACGGUACUGACUCUGUAGUCUUUGCUUAUAGGUGAGAAUAUUUCUGAAACACUGCUAAAACGUGUCAACUUGACAGAUUGUUUUUACUUUAAAUUAAAAACCUAUUAGUGUGGAUGGAGGCUCGUGCUUUGCUGGUCUUCAUGCAGAGUUUAGACUAGAAACGAAUAUGAGAUUAAGAAUCUCUUGUAGAACAGCAUCCUGGUGGAGAUGAGCAGCUUCACAGAUAAACUGGUUACAAACAUAAAACAGCUUCAAAAAGAUGAGCAGUAUCAUAAAAUAACAGAAAUUCCAGUGAUGAUGACCAACCAGGGCUGGAUUCAGUCGCUGAUAUGUUCACCUGAAUACAUUAAAGAUGCUUUGAGUUCAUUUAGUGAGAGGAGCUCUUUAAGAUUCAGGCAAUUUUGUAGUAGUUUUCCUCGAUUCAGUCAAGCUCUGAAAUAGGAUCAAACCCAACAGCUUCUUUACUUUUUGGCUGAAACAGAUGGGUAGAUAUGAAGGAAGCAGACCAAGGACAGCUGUGUGGAUAAGAACAUGCUACUGACUGAGUUUAGAGAUGGACAGGACACAAUCUAACAUAAAGGUAAGAGAUGUAAGGUUUGUAAUAAACCUCAGAGCUCCUGUACAUGACUUUAGCACCAUCCACCUGAGGCAUGUAGGUUUGAAGAUACAGACAAGACUUGAUUCUUAGGCAAUAUUCUAAUUUCAGCUGUAGGGUUAGACAGUAAAUUGGUGAAAGCUUGAGAGAGGCAGCUGAAAAACUGAAGGCAGCAGAAAGCUGCAUAAACCUGCAGCCAUAGUGGUGAUUCUCACAAUGAGAUGCUUUCAUUCCAUUUCAUUCGACUCUGAAAGUUCAAAUCGUUUUAGUGAUGAAAAUUUUAUCAUCUGUGCUUGUAUGAAAAUUUACAUGCAAGUCAAAAUGUACAACUGUAAUUAUUACACCGUUGACAUUAUUGAAGAACAACAACAUGAUUCUAUUAUUGUACUGGGACCAGACCUGAGACUGAAUCUAACAUUAAACAAAACCUGUGGGAAGACAUAAAAUGAUUGUCCUUACAGGAGAAGAAAACUGAAACAAAUAAAAUGAGACACUAUGAGAACUUCUGACUCACAUCUGUUUGACAUGCAGAACCACAGACAUGGUCCUUGAAUUCAAAGUAUCUUCUAGCAUCAUGUAAAGAUAGUCAUUUAGUGCUUUGGUAUUUUUAGUGGCACAAGUAACGGCUGACUCUCAUUUUCAGAUCUACAGUAAGUUAAGCAGCAUCCAAACAUUAUCUGUAAGCAGAGAAUGAGUGUGUUGUGUUUUAGUGGUGUUUAAAUCAGUUUGGACCUGUGAUUGUAAAAGGGCUUCUAGAUUUAACUACAGCUGCUGCUCUGAUGACAUCUAUUAUAGAUUAAUUUAUGUGGAGUUGAACUUUAUUUGGCAUUUAAAGGAGUUGUGUUGCUUUGUGCGACUGCAAUUUAAACUCUGUGGCAAUAAAAGCUGAUUGAUACAUUCUUGAA